AUUGCAACUACAUAUAUCUCUUCGUAAUUUACCAGACUUUGUGCACUCUCUGGGGGAAUCAUGAUGUCUCAGCACGUAUCUACACCUUGAAGUGAUUUGAUAUCACGCUCCGAAGGUCUUCAAAAUACAUUGAUGACGCAGAUAUGGACGUCGUGAGGUACCCCGAGUUAGACUCUUUGAGGUAGCAAAAGAAAGCCCAGUGCGGGCCGGGAAGAUGCCAUUCAGAGCAUUGAAAGAACGGUAUAGCAACUACAACAACCUAUGGCUUCAGGCUUUGUUUAUUUUGUUCUUACUAACUACAAGAUCAGAAACCGGUGAAAUCACUCUGGGGUUUUUACUGCCAUUUAAUGUUCCGACGAAUAAUUCUGCCGCGGUGGCGCUUACAUCAGCAAAAGACUUCGCUUCUGCGUUUCUGUUGGCUGUGGAAGCAGUCAAUGAUUCAUCAUUGCUACCCGGGAAUCGAGUAACCUUUGUUUUGAACUAUACUCAGUGCAACGAUGAUAUUUCAAUCAAGACCAUGCUCUAUCAGUUGGAGAGAGGUGUUCAGGUUAUCAUAGGACCUGGAUGUACCUGUGCGACAGAGGCGAAGUUAGCAGCAGCCGCGAAUGUUCCUAUGGUUUCGUACAUGUGCAUUGACGAAAAUCUCUCUGAUAAAGUACUUUUUCCAACAUUCGCUCGGACAGUUCCGCCAAUUAGCAGACUUUCUCCGCCGCUACUCGCACUAAUGGAGCAUUUUAGAUGGACUCGCGUUGGAAUAAUCGCUCAAACCAAUCACCGAUGGUCUCAUUGGAAAGCGUUGGAGAGCGACCUGAGAAACGGGGGCUUGGCAGUGGGCAUCAAUCUGACCCUGACGAUGGGUGUCCAUUUCAACGUCUCCAGUUUGUUACCCGAAUUUGAAGAACUUUUUGAGACAGUGGCGAAACAGUCUCGAAUCAUCAUUUUAGCUAUGGAUUACGCCUAUGCCCGCCAAGCUCUGAAUUACGCCGGAAAAAUUGGUUUAAAUGACGGUCGCUUUGCAUUCAUCAUGUUUGAGCUGGAUUUAGACCUUACUGGGAACAAGACGGGUAAUUUGUCAAAAUCAUGGGAAAGUGAUUCAAAAAACACAACUGGGACAGUCUUUGAAUCAGCUCUGUUAAUCUCUUUGAACAACAACGUAAGCAAGGAAUACUUGGCCUUCGCAGACGAUGUGAAAAAGAAAAGUUCAAAAUUCCCAUUUGACAGCCCUGCGUCUUCAGGGAACAUGCCUCCUAUACAAGCAGCCUACCUGUAUGACGCGGUUUUUCAGUACGCCGUUGCCUUGAAUAAAACUUUAACCAAUGGAGGAAAAAUUUCAGAUGGCCAGAAAAUUAUAAAGGAGAUGCUUGGACAACAAUUUGGAAGUAUUCUUGGCUAUGACCGAUAUAUCAACAAAAACGGCGAUGCAGAUUUCAGCGUGGUGCUAAUGGAUUAUCGAGAAAACAAUAAUGGAAUGUUCCAGCAGGUUGGAGAGUUUGUUGUUGACAAGACAGGAAAGUACAAGCUUCUCUUGAGCAAUGACUCGAUUAUUUGGCCAAAUAAUAGUUCCGCCCCUUCCUCUGAUGUACUGCAGUGCAGGUCAUGUGACGCCAGGUGCUAUAACGAAGGAAAUUUAACGAUCGGCCUGAUUCUUCCUUACUCUGCAUCACCUGGUAACAGUCGCUCCCUCUACGGGAAAUUCUACGCUUCUGCCAUCACUAUCGCUGUAGACAACAUCAAUAAGGAUCCCAACCUUCUGCCUGGAAUUCGCCUCAGAUUCGUAUGGGAUGACUCAGAAUGCUCGGAAGAGAAGUCAAUAAAUGCACUUAUCAGUCAACUCGAUAGGAAAGUGGACGCUUUCAUUGGAUUCGGUUGCGAUUGUCACACGCAAGCAAGAAUGGCGGCGGCGCUAAAUUUGCCUGUUAUCUCGCAUCUGUGCACAUCAAACGCGGUUUCCGAUAAACAGCUUUAUCCGACCUUCGCACGAACCAUUUUCGGCGACAAUAGCAUUGGUCCGUCGGUGUCGGCGAUCAUGAACUAUUUUAAGUGGAACCUGGUCGGAAUAAUCAGCGAGGAGGAGCACGACUGGAAACGAAGGGCAGAUUUCUUAGAGUCUUUUUUGGGUUCCGUUGGAAAAACAGUCACGAUGCACAGUAGAGUACCUUAUUUUCGUUCGUAUAAAGCAAAAGAACAUGGCGAACAAUUCAAAGAAGUUUUAAGUCAAAGCAAAAACAAAGCCAGAAUCAUUAUACUUGCCAUGGAACAAAGACUUGUGAGAGAGGCAAUGUACUAUGCCUCUAAACUGGGAAUGAACAAUGGAGAUUACGCCUUCAUUUCUUUUUUAUUGGAUCCUGUCCUGGUUCAAAGAUAUGCAGCAAAACCAGCUCUUUUGUUUGAUGGCAAGUAUGCGUCAACGUUGACGGAGUCUCUCUCCGAGCAAGAGAAAAAGGAGUUUUACGACGCGUACAAAUCGAUGUUACUCAUGGUUUUUAACACUCUGAAGAUUGAGGAGUAUGAGAAUUUUGCAAUUGAAAUGAAACAUCGGAUAUCUGAGCCGCCAUUCUGUAGUGAUGUUUACAAGGGAUAUCAACUGGUUGGAGGAACUGUCAAGUAUCCAAAUUUUAACAGAUCGGCCCCUAUACAGACGGCUUACCUUUACGACGCGACGUAUCUGUAUGCUAUUGGAGUUAAUAAGACAAUUUCUGAAGGAAAGAACGCUACUGAUGGUAGAGCAGUGAUGAGUGUUCUAUAUGGCAAAUCAUAUUCCAGCAUUCUUGGCUAUGAUAUAUUUCUCGACAAAAACGGAGAUGUGCAACACAAUCUCACAGUAAUGGACUUCAAUGAAAACUACGAAGAGCCAAGAUUUGAAAACAGAGGAAUGUUUAAAGUAGAGGAUGAUAAAAACAACACAAUUUCUUUCGACCUGUAUCCGAACGCCACCAUUUCGUGGAUCAAUGGCAAAGCUCCUGUUGAUGCUCCAGAAUGUGGUUUUGAAAAUGAGAAAUGUCCCGUGGAGGUGAAAAAAAAGCUAUCGGUGGCGGAGAUAGUUUCCAUUUGUCUUGGUGUCAUAGUGGUAGUCAUUCUGAUUGCUGGAGCCAUCAUUUACAGAAAACAGAAACUUGAGAAAGAACUCGCGAGCAAUUCUUGGCGAGUGAGCUAUCAGGAAAUUUCUCUAAGAACGAGACAACCAGGAUCUCUACGCAGCCAGGUUAGCUUGGUUUCCACUGAGAGCUUUGAUAACCUCAAUCAACGCCAACUCUUCACACUCGUAGGCUCUUGGAGGGGUAAUACAGUCGCUAUAAAGAAAGUCAGCAAGAAAAACUUGGAACUGAACAGGGAGAUCAGAAUGGAGCUCAAGCAGAUGCGCGAUGUCCAUCAUGACAAUUUGGCACAGUUCAUGGGCGCAUGCGUAGACACCCCCAACAUCUGCAUCUUGUUCCAGUAUGGACCAAAAGGAAGCUUACAGGACAUUCUUGAAAACGAAGACGUGAAACUGGACACCAUGUUUGUGACGUCAUUGGUGACAGACGUUGUGAAGGGAAUGGCUUAUUUGCACAGCACAGACAUAAAAUCACACGGGGAUCUGAAGUCGUCAAACUGUGUAGUGGAUGGCCGCUGGGUCCUGAAGAUCACUGAUUAUGGGCUCACAAAUUUCAAGGCAAAUCAAGCUAAAAGAGAUGAAGGAGAUUACGCAAAGUUCUACCGUUUGAUGUGGACUGCACCUGAACUUCUGCGCGCGGGCAAAGGUCAACACGGUAGAGGCACUCAAAAAGGAGAUGUGUACAGCUUCGCUAUCAUUUGUCAGGAGCUGCUGACUCGUUCAGGGCCUUUUGAUAUGUCUUAUUAUCACAUUGAACCAAAAGAAAUUAUUCAGAGAGUCACGAUACAUGAGAACCCACCUUUUCGUCCGAAGCUCAGUAACAUUGGGAAGGAAUGCGAAGUCCCUGGUUUGAUACAAAUGACGGAAAAAUGCUGGAACGAACAACCCGAAGCCAGACCUGAAUUUGAAGAUUUGAAGAGACAAAUCCGAAAAAUGUCUGUUGGAAGGCAAACAAACAUAAUGGAUAACAUGGUAAACAUGUUGGAAAAAUAUGCAAACAACUUGGAAAGCUUAGUGGAGGAAAGAACAUCGCAGCUGGCCGAUGAAAAACGAAAAACUGAGAAUCUCCUGCACAGAAUGCUUCCUCCACCUGUCGCACGUGACCUUGUUAAUGGAAAGACCAUAGUGCCGGAAAAAUUCGAUGAAGUAUCGAUUUUCUUUAGCGAUAUCGUCGGUUUUACGUCGUUAUCUUCGGAGAGCACCCCUUUUCAGGUUGUGGAACUUUUAAAUGAUUUGUAUACUUUGUUUGAUGACAUCAUCAGUAAUUACGACGUAUAUAAGGUGGAGACAAUUGGUGACGCUUAUAUGGUAGUUUCAGGACUGCCAAUCCGGAAUGGUCAUCAACACGCCGGGGAAAUAGCAAGCAUGGCUCUGCACAUGCGUAAAGAGAUAUAUAAUUUUAAAAUACAUCACAGGCCUCGUGAACAGUUAAAGCUCAGGAUAGGAAUUCACAGUGGACCUGUUGUUGCGGGUGUGGUCGGUAACACUAUGCCUCGUUACUGUUUGUUUGGUGAUACAGUAAACACUGCCUCUAGAAUGGAAUCCAAUGGAGAAGCUCUUAAGAUUCAUAUCAGUCCGGACGCCAAGAAUCUUCUGGAAUCUCUUGGUGGUUAUCACAUUGAAAGGAGAGGAGAAGUAUUUUUAAAGGGUAAAGGUACGUGGACAACAUUCUGGCUCGAAGGAUCUGCUACGCCAUUGAGAACGCAUCAUCAUGGACUGAAUAAAGAAAAGCAUACGGCGCCGCUGGUACACAAACAGGAUGAAAAAAACGGCUGGAAAUUAGUGAAGGAUUUACUGCCAAAACUUGCAAAGGAGUCUAAAAACGGAACACUCCCCUCUAUCGAACCGUCUCCUUUGCCCAAGCGUUGCGCCCAGCUGCCGCCAAUAACAUCAUGAGCUUUCAUCAACGACAAUUUGCAGAUAGUCUCUCACGGUCUUUGCAACGAUUUGCCGACGCAGUCCUCUGCUUGUCAGUUCAUUAAUUAUAUUUAAAGGAUGUUCAAGGCGGAACUUAGUAAGUAAGAUAAUAUAUAUUUGUUUGGUAGGCGGCUCAGUAUGUCUGGAAGCGAUGCUGGAAUGGACUAAUUCAUGUAUCUCUAAAUGGCGCUACACAUGGCCAUUUGCGAAAGAGAGAAAUAUUUAUUACAACUGACAAUUUCCUUGAAAACAUUCAACAUGUAAAAAGCCGACAUGUACUUUAUUCGGCUCAGAUGUCACGGACAUGACAUAUACACUUAAGAUUGCUACCAUGAAAAUGAAAUAGUGGUAAACUGAUAUUUUAAAAUAAUCGAGAUUACUCUAGGCAUGAGGGUGACUGCUGUAUGCUUCAUGCUACACAUCAAACGACGGAAACAACUGGGAAAAAUUCAAAAUGCUCUGUGUGUUUUUUUUUCUCUUCGGGAUCCUUAUACCAUUCGAGAAAAUUCUUAUCAUACUCAGUCAUCAAGGAUCGGCUAAUGUUUACCGUUCAUCAGAGUCUCGUCGAUACACGCAUAAAAAAAACAUAUUAAAAGAUAUGUUUAAGAUACCUUUUUUCUCUUAGUCAAUUCAAAUUUAUGGAAAAGGCGAACAGCUGUGACAGUAAGCUAAUUAACAUUUUUCAAAGGGAACGUUUGGUAUAGGUUUGGUUCCACUACUAAUCACGUUUAAGCUGCUAUAGAUCUAAGGAAAAAGAAGGAUUUGGUAAGUGAUUGAUCACAAUUUAAGUUAAAACUGGUCGCACUCGAAUUCCAUACUGUCGCAAACCGCCGCGGCAAGGCAAAAUUCUUUUGAAUCGCUCUAUUACAGUUAUGUUUGAUAUGGGAAAAAAUAAGCUUUUAAUGUAUCAGGGUCGAGAAUGAGAGAUAUUUUAUUUAACUAGGAACAUAUUGUGUAAACCGAAAUUCCAUUAUGCCAAUGCUUUCGAUUUUCUUUCCCUUGAAUUUUUCUCGAUGAUAUAUCAUAUCUUGCUUAUUUUUUUUCUAGAUGUCUUACAAUAAAUUUCCUAAGCUUUAGUGUUGUUUUUCUUCCUACUUUAAAUCAAACGUUGCGUUUUGUUUUAUUUUAAAAUCCAGGCGGAAUUUAACGCGAAACAAAAUGAAUAGAAUGAAAGAAAUUUAAGUGGUAAAUGAAAUAAUAACUGCCAACUUUCUCGGUGGAAUCUUAUCAGAAAUUGAUAGCUGGGGAAAUACAUUGGCGCCUUGGGUUCGCACAUAAAGCCACAACUCAUUUAAAUGACGCUUCCUUAUCUCUGUGGAAUAAUUGCUAUCAGUUAUUAUGACCUUAGCACCUUUUAAAUCGUUAAUAUUUCAACUGAGCGACCACAGUAGAGUUACAUCCGUUGUAUUAAUUUUUUUUUACUACUUAAAAUUUCGUUGUUUGCAGUCUGUUCGUCUCUGGUGUUUUUAACAAUCCUAAUUUAGCUCUUUUAUCGACUAUACUUUUUUAAAGUAAGAGUUACCUUCAGAAAUAGUUAAAAAAGGGAGUUUUACACUUAAUUCCCAAAAACUUCACAAAAUCCUGCAUGAUUACUACAAAGUUGUUUUCAGACUAUCGCACAGCGAACAUGAUUACUUUUUUUACUGUUCACGCUCCGGUAAUUUUAAACGACUUACAUAAUUAGUUGUGCAUAUGCUCACAUCAGAACCAUUAGUAAGAGCUAAGUGUUUGCGGUAUUUUAAAUGAUGAAACACGUUGCAUACAAUCUUGUAUUUAUUAAGAAAGAAAAUUAGCUUGUCAUAAGUUAUGAAACAUCCAGUAUUUGUAUAAAUUGUAAUUAA